CUAGGCCCUCUCUCGGUCGUGUAAAAAAACAAAAAGAAGAGCGGAACAGCCGGGCAGAUCAGUUUGUUUAUGUGGUGCUGUUGUUUUCUAUCGUAUUUUUAUUCGUAAAAGUUACAGUAUGCAGGUAAGAUCAAGUUUUACGUUUACCAGUUGUUUCAACUUCAGGCAUUAUAUGCGAUUACACCUGUGGACAAAAUGGAGGCUAAAGCUGUGAAGAGAAAGUCAACAGAAGCAGUGGCACACGGUGAUGAGAAGAAGCAGAAACCAACUAGUGGAAUAUCCAUCAAUCUAUCGGCAAAACCGGCAGUUCCUAAGGUCAACCUGGUUUCGACAACUACUACACCAAAAGUGAAUAUGACUAAAAAACUAAACCCCAUCGCUAUGAAACUGGGUGCACAAAAGCCGAAGGAGACGGAGCCACUGGCACCAGUCAAGAGCACAUCUGUUGCUGCAGCGUUCAAUGAGGACAGUGAUGAGGAUGUAGAAGAAAUGCCAAAAUCAGCAAAGAUGAGGAUGAAAAAUAUUGGCAGGGAUACUCCAACAUCAGCUGGCCCUAAAUCAUUUAACAAGACCAAGACUGGAUUUCAAAACACAGCUCGUAAUUGGGAACGACACCUAGAUGAGAUUGGCAAACAAGAUCAUGCAAAGAACUCAUGAUUGACAAGUAACACUAAAGGACUCGUUCAACAUAACAAUCAGUUUUGUCGCAACCGGUUGCUAUGUGUAAUUCAUGAAGCCCAUGUUGAGUACCUAACUGAUUAUGGAUUCUUUGAUUUCUGAGGUAGCUAAGUGCAUAACCUGUUACUAAACGGAAUCGUUUGGAGCCUUACUAGUAGCUAUGCCAUCCAUGCACUUUUCAACUUGCUGUCUUUACUUUUAAAUGCUGUUAUUGGACAAACUUGCUAUUAGAAGGUUUGCUAGUCGUAAUGUCUUGAAGGACGUCACCACAAUUCAUACGGUUCGCUAGUCAUGCUAGUCAUUAUAAAAAGAUUAUUUUUUUUAUUGUGACUAGAAAAUAUUGUGCUUUAUCAUGGCGAGAAAAUACUUGUUGUUUACGAUUGGCAAACCUUAUGAAUAAAGAUCAUUAAUGAACUGAAAGCCUUAUGAAUGGUCAACCUUAUAAAUAGCAGGGAGACCCGCGUCAUAUCUCCAUUUAUUUAAUAAAAAUAAUGCUGCCUUCCAGUGCACUGUAAUUUUGGUGAUCACAAAAAUAACAUAAGCUUUGUCCAAAUUAUCAAAUGCCCAUAUAUAGUCAUGAUGUGCCUAUAUAUGGUCAUGAUGUGAUGUCAUCAUGACCAUAUUUGAUAGUCUGGGCAGGGCUUUAGUGAGCAACAGGAAAGUGUUUAGCAAUAUACAGUAUGGGUUCACUUGGAUAGGCAGCAGCACAUUUAAUGCAAGCUUGAUCGCUGUGGUAAAUCCUUGUGUGUAAAUACUGUAACCUAUAAUAUAUUGCCUUCAUUUACCAGUGUAUUUAUAUGACUUUGAUUGUAAAGCAUGCAAUUAAAUAAUACUUACAAUGUA